GUUGUGAGGUCACGUGCUCGAACCAGUCCAACACUGCAUUCGAUGUGUGGAGUUUCAGUCCCCCGGUUGUUAACUCGCACCAAUAUCAUGGCGGAUCUCAACGCUGGACCCUAGCAAAACUCUCAAACAACAAAAACGCACUAUAUUAGCCUGUGGGCAGUUCAUAGUUGUACUAGGCCAGAAGGGAAAGGAGCACGGGAACCACGAGCACUGAACACACGCAGAGAAAGCGAAGCUCGCCAGGACGAUGGCCCUUCUCCUGCUGCUUCACGUGGUCCUGGUGGCGGCGGCGGCGAGAGCUCCGGCGGCGCAGGCGUGGGGAGUGGAGGGACACUACAUGGUCUGCAAGAUCGCCGAGAUUUACCUGACGAGGGAGGCGUCGACGGCUGUGAAGGGGCUCCUGCCGGAGUCGGCCGGCGACGAGCUCUCGGCGGUGUGCUCGUGGCCCGACACCGAGCGGCGCCAGAACCCUUGGUCGACCCCUCUGCACUUCGCCGACACCCCGGGAGACUGCAAGUUCAGCUACGCCAGGGAUUGCCACGGCACGAACGGAGAGAAGGACAUGUGCGUAGUCGGAGCCAUCAACAACUACACUGCCGCGUUGCAAGACUCCUCGUGCCCAUAUAACCGGACGGAGAGCCUGAUGUUCCUGGCGCACUUCGUGGGCGACAUCCACCAGCCCAUGCACUGCGGCCGCAUCGCCGACCUCGGCGGCAAUACCGUCGUUGUGAGCUGGUAUACGAACAAGACCAACCUCCACAAGGUGUGGGAUGAGAAGGUCAUCGGAACGGCCAUGAACAGGUUCUACAAGGAUGACCUGAGCACCAUGAUCGGCGCCAUCAAGCGCAACCUUACUGUGGUUGAAAAGAACAAGUGGGAGGCGUGCCCAAGUCGAGCAACCAGUUGUGCUGACAAGUUCGCCGAGGAGAGCGCGGAGCUGUCGUGCCCGGCGUACGUGGGUACUGAGCAAGGCUCCAACUUGGAAGAUGAGUAUUUCUUCAAGGCGCUGCCGGUUGUUCAGAAGAGGAUUGCGCAGGGAGGUGUGAGGCUGGCGGCCAUCCUCAACCGGAUCUUCAGCGGGAACAAUAGCAGCGCGCUGCAGAGCAUUUGAAGUGUAUUUUGUUUCUUCGCAUUUGAAGUUAGUCGAAAGGAAUUGGGCAAGAAAGAAAUGGAUGAACCUGCGUUAUGAAUAACAUUAUCCUGUAUGUUGUCUG